CAUUCAACAUUAAACUUCAUAAGAAAAAAAAAUAAAUAAAAAAUGACCUUGUAGAGUUAGAAACAACAAUUAUUCAGUAUUCUUCAUUAAUUGCAUCACAUUAGGAAUUCCCUUUUGAGGAACGUUUUUUUGUUAAUUUUUUUUCCUUUUCCUUACCUUUUACAAAAUCAUCAUUAAUUGCAUUAGGUGUUCCCCUCGUGAUGAACAUCUUCUAAUAGUGUUUUUCAUCACCCUUUCAUUAAAAUAAAAUCAAAUAAAAUAUUCAUCAUUUAUCCACAUCGCGGGCCAUAAACACAACUUCAUUAAGGUCAUUUUCAAAACAGUGUUAAUCUUUUUUUGACGGAUAGAAGUAUAAAACUAAUUAGUUGAUAACUUGGUAUAUCUUGCCAACUCCAAAAAUAAGUGGUAUGAAAUAUUAUGACAACAAUCAAUAACUCCGAACCGAUUAUUUGACCUAGACUCUCACAAAUUUUUUACUCAUCCACAACCAAAUAAGAUCCAAAGUUUGAAAAUAAUGGGAACUCAUUAUUUUUUUUAAAAAAAAAAACUAUAUAAAAAAAAGGGUGUGUGCAAUUUGUGUAUGUGUCCAAUACAAAGUUGCUCCUUCCUCACCACUUCACCACCAUUCACCCACAACUCGAAUAAAACCAACCCACUCACUCACUCACUCAACUCAUCCCACUCUCUUUACCAUUUUCAUUUUCAUUCCCCUGUUUUCUCUCUCCUCUCUCUCUCCUCUGUUAAAAUUAAAAACAGAGAAGAGGCAGAGCAAUUUUUAUUAUAUAUAUAAAACCCCCAAAUAAAACCCACCUCUUUUCUUUUAUUAUGAACAAGAAUCCCCAAAUCUGAUCACUUAUUUUCUUCCCUUUUCUCUCUCUUCAAUGGCAGAAAUACCCAUUUUCUAAAAAAAAUUCCUUUUUAUUUCCCCAAUUUUUCCAAAAUAUAAUUUAAGAAAAUUUAGGAAAUGGGUUCUUCUUCAUUUGUUACAGCAGAGCAUUCAAGUCCAGAGGUAUUUCCAUGGCUGAAAACCCUACCAGUUGCUCCAGAAUAUCACCCAACAAUCCAAGAAUUUCAAGAUCCAAUUGCUUACAUUUUCAAGAUUGAAAAGGAAGCUUCUAAAUUUGGGAUUUGUAAGAUUGUUCCUCCUGUUCCUCCCCAAUCAAAAAAAUCUGUAAUUUCUAACCUAAAUCGUUCACUUCAAUCAUUACCCAAUAAUUGUAAUCAAAACCCUAAUAAUUCUCAACCCACAUUUACGACCCGACAACAGCAAGUCGGGUUUUGCCCCAGAAAACAACGACCCAUUCACAAGUCAGUGUGGCAGAGUGGUGAGUACUACACUCUCCAGCAAUUUGAAGCUAAGGCUAAGAAUUUUGAGAAGAAUUACUUGAAGAAUCGUGCUAAAAAGGCGGUAUCGCCUUUCGAGGUUGAGACCCUUUACUGGAAGGCUAAUGGGGAUAGACCCUUUUCUGUUGAGUAUGCUAAUGACAUGCCUGGGUCUGGUUUUAUACCCAUGAAAGAUAAAAAAACAGGGGAAGUUGUUUCUGUUGGUGCUUCUAAUGUUGGCGAGACUGCUUGGAAUAUGAGAGGUGUUGCAAGGUCUAAUGGCUCUUUGUUGAGGUUUAUGAAGGAGGAAAUUCCUGGUGUUACUUCUCCUAUGGUUUAUGUUGCUAUGAUGUUUAGUUGGUUUGCUUGGCAUGUUGAAGAUCAUGAUUUGCAUAGUUUGAAUUACUUGCAUUUGGGUGCUGGUAAGACUUGGUAUGGUGUUCCUAAGGAUGCUGCUUCCGCCUUCGAAGAGGUCAUUCGGGUUCAUGGCUUUGGGGAAGAGAUUAACCCUCUUGUUACCUUUGCUACACUUGGCGAAAAAACUACAGUGAUGUCCCCAGAAGUGCUUGUUAAUGCAGGGGUUCCCUGUUGCAGGUUAGUGCAAAAUGCAGGGGAGUUUGUUGUCACAUUCCCAAGGGCUUACCAUUCUGGCUUCAGUCAUGGGUUUAACUGUGGAGAAGCAUCUAAUAUUGCCACUCCUGAAUGGCUGAGAUUUGCAAAAGAUGCUGCUAUUCGUAGAGCCUCAAUAAACUAUCCACCAAUGGUCUCUCAUUUCCAGUUGCUUUAUGAUCUUGCAUUAGCUAUAUGUUCAAGGGCAUCAGUGGGAAGCAAUGCUGGGCCUCGAAGUUCUCGCCUAAAAGAUAAGAAAAAGGGUGAAGGUGAAAUGCUGGUUAAACAGAUGUUUGUGCAAGAUGUAAUACAAAAUAAUGAUCUCCUUUACACUCUUGGACAAGGAUCUGAAGUUGUACUUCUCCCUCACAAUUCUUCUGAAAUAUUUGUUUGGUCCAAUUUGCGUGUUGGAUCCAAGUAUAAAGUGAAACCUGGAUUACCUUUUAGCUUAUAUAGUUCAGAGGAAGCUAUUAAAGCUUCUGAUGACAUUAUGUUAGCUAGAGAUGUUAAGCAACAAAAAUCUUUUUAUUCUGUCAAAUCAAAGUUUGGUGGUUCUAUGUCCGCUGUGCCGCGUGAGAUACAACACUCAGAAACUGAAAAAGGAGGAGGUGCAUCUGGAGAUGGAUUGUCAGAUCGUGGAUUGUUUUCAUGUGUCAAAUGUGGGAUUUGGACUUUUGCUUGUGUUGCCAUUGUUCAACCUACUGAAUCAGCUGCGCAGUACUUGAUGUCAGCCGAUUGUAGCUCCUUUAAUGAUUGGAUUGUUGGUUCUGGAGUAUCAAGUCAUCGAAUUGAUCCAAAUGAUGGUGAAGCAAAUACAUCAGACCCAGAUUCUUUUUCAGGGUCCAUGGAAAAAAAUGGCCCUGAAGGCUCAUAUGGUAACCCUGUCCAGUCCACUGAUCACCAAGGUCAAAGCACAAUUAACACCUCAACACUGAAGUCAAAUACUUCUGAGAAUGUAGAAGUGGGGUCACACACUGAAAUUAAGAAUGAAUCAUCUGCGCUUGGCUUAUUGGCUAUGACAUACGGACAUUCUUCCGACUCUGAUGAAGAUGAUGUUCAACCCAAUUGUCCAGUUGUUUCUGAGGAUAAUUUAUCUGGAGAUGGUUCAUGGGGUGCUAGAUUUCACCAAGAUGAUUCUUCAUCACCAAAUUUUGAGCAAGGCUAUGAUAGUGGUUUAGAAAGGGGUCCAAGCCAAAUUUCUUCAAGAUCUGACUGUGAAGAUGAGGAUUCGCUCCAAAGGUCUGAUUUCUAUGAACACUGUGGCCACAGAAGAAUUAAUGGAGACGAUGAUGAGUAUGAUUCUCACAACUGCUCUGCCAAAUUCACGGAGGAAGAUACAUUGACUUCUGAGCGAAAUUAUUCUCCUAUUGCUGAUGAACAUAAUACUGCAAAAUACAGCUGUGCUAUUGACCCAGUGGGCAAGCCAAAUCUUUCUUAUCCUCGUAGAUGUGAUGAAGAUUCUUCAAGGAUGCAUGUUUUCUGUCUUGAGCAUGCUGUUGAGGUUGAAAAACAACUCCGACCUAUUGGUGGGGUGCAUAUCUUACUCCUUUGUCAUCCAGACUAUCCGAAUGUAGAAGUUGAAGCAAAGAAGGUAGCAGAAGAGUUGGAAAUGGACUAUGGAUGGAAAGAUAUUGCUUUCUCCAUGGCCACCAAAGAAGAUGAGGAGCGAAUUCAUAUGGCCUUGCAAAGCGAGGAAGCCACACCAAAGAAUGGGGAUUGGGCUGUAAAACUGGGCAUCAAUCUCUUUUAUAGUGCCAUCCUCAGCCGUUCACCUCUCUAUAAUAAGCAGAUGCCCUACAACUCUGUCAUAUAUAAUGCAUUUGGCUGCAGUACUCCAUCAAAAUUCUCUCCGGAAGCCAAGGUCUGUGGCAAAGGGUUUGGCAGGCAGAAAAAGUUGGUGAUGGCUGGUAAAUGGUGUGGUAAAGUAUGGAUGUCGAAUCAGGUUCAUCCUUUGUUAUUAAAUAGAGAUCCUGAUGAAGAUGCUUGUUUGAAAUCAGAUGUGAAAAUUGGGAGAAAAUCAGAAACUAGUUAUAAAGCUCAAACCACCUAUGCGAAUAGAAAGGCAGGAAAGAAGAGAAGAUCAAUGCCAGGGAGUAGGAUAGCCAAGAAAAUGAAAUUUGAAGUCACAGAUUUUGCUGAUACUGAUCCGGAAGAUUCAGUGGAUGAUAAACCUGAGCUAGAGACUAGGAGAAGUGUCAGAAAAUCAAAAACACAAUGCAGGCCUAUCAAGAGAGUAAAGCACCAAGAAGAAAUUCCAGAUACCAACUCAGAGGAUUCACAAGAAUAUAUUAAAUCUCCUCGAGGAACUUUGAGAAGUGUUAGAACCUUGAAGCGAGGAGCCAAACAAAUUCUCAAAGCAAAAGGUCAUCAGAGUGCUGCAGCCAUUCACAAUUAUUCUGAUGAUGAUUCACUGGAUGAUAGGUCUCAUCAACAUGGAUUGAGAAGCUGUAAUCGGAAGCUGAAAGCAGAGGGCAAAUCAGCCAGAAAGGUAAUAUCCCAACCAAAAGAUGUGGAUAGUGAGUCUGAAGGUUCACCAUCUAAUGAAUCUGAACUAGAGGAGCAGAGGAAUUUUAGGAGUCCAGGCUCUUCUCAGCGGCGGGUCCCAGUCCAUAAACAAUUUGAGCCUGUCACUGAUGAUGAUGAUGAGAUGGAUGGUGGGCCAAGCACUCGUCUAAGGAAAAGAAUUUCGAGGCCUACUCAGGAUAGGAGAGAAACAAAGCCAGCAGUGAAGCGGCAAGUACAGAAAUCCAAAGGAAAAAAAGCAGCUCCAGUCGUGAAGAAUGCUAUUCCAGCAAGAAAGGGUCCCAAAAUGAGGCUUCCAGUAUCAAGAGGUCCAGCUAUGAAGGGUCCAGCCAGGAAGAAUCCAUCUCUCUCCACUGGUGAUGCAGAUGAAGAAGAUGAAGAAGAAGAGACAGCUGAAUUUGCCUGUGACGUUGAGGGGUGCAGCAUGAGUUUGGGCUCAAAGCAAGAACUUGCCUUGCAUAAACGAAACAUAUGCCCGGUCAAGGGAUGUGGUAAGAAGUUCUUCUCACACAAGUAUCUGGUUCAGCAUCGACGUGUUCACAUGGAUGACCGGCCCUUGAAGUGUCCUUGGAAGGGAUGUCGAAUGACUUUCAAGUGGGCGUGGGCCCGCACUGAACAUAUUCGGGUGCACACCGGGGCUCGCCCAUAUGUCUGUAAUGAACCGGGUUGUGGACAAACAUUCAGAUUUGUUUCAGAUUUUAGUCGUCACAAACGCAAGACAGGUCAUGCAGCAAAGAAGGCUAGGAAAUAAUAUAUUUAGGUGGUAUGUAAAAACAUAAUUUAACAUUGCUUGUCAAGAAUCUGUUACAAUUGAUUGACCUUAGGUCUUAGUUCAAUUUUUAGUUUUAGGAUUUCCCAUUUUAACUGGGAUUUGGUAAGAAUGGUUGAAUCUGUCAUGUCAGGGGGUCUUCAUUGGACCCAUUCUUUUAGUUUAAUCAAGAAAUUCCUUGAGGAACCAUUUGUCUAAUGUAUUAUAUUUAUAUACAAUCAUACAUGUUAUGACUUAGCUUGGUCAAGUGCUUUUCUUCUCAUUGUUGACUUUGACAAUUUGUACAAGAUUUGGUGAUACUUAUUUUAUAUUUCCUAA